UGCCUUCAGUUGCGUUCAGUCCAUCGUUAGAGUAGGGUCGUAGUUGUGGUGUCACGUGCGGUGUUUCCGUUUCGUUACGUUUCGUCGAAAACACAUACACACGCACGUAUGUACACUCGUUAAUCGUUAUCUGCAAAGGCAACGCCUGAAAUAAAUACGAUAUUUCGACGAUAUCGGUCACGUUCGCGCGAGAGAAUCAAGGAUCCUCCAGUUCGCAGACGAAUUGAAGACAGUAGUUUGUUGUUCGUCGACGCGAUGGAAAACGACGGACGACCGACGGCGAGGAAACUUCUUCUGCUGUUCUUCUCUAAAAGGACCGUGCUAAAGUACAGACUGCUGAUUCAGUGACAGGGUGGUUUGCGCUGCGUUUACGUGUUGGUGUUGUUUCUCUCGCGUUUCGACGUUGUUCUCCCUUCUCCCUUGAAACGUUUCGCAUCAGAUGUAAACGAAAGGAAUUUUAAACGAAGACUCGAGAAAACGAAAGAGAGCGAGAGUGUUUUUUUCGCGAAGAGACGUGCCUGUCCGAGGACACAGACAAAAGAGUGUUUUGUGAAUCAUCUGGCGUGUCGUCUUGAGCGAGCGAGAGUUAUCUCCGCAUUGAUCGGUCCAGGAGCAUAUAGGUCGACCGUGCUAACACAGUUUUUUCACUCUGUGUGUUUAGGGAAACGACCUUUUUUUUUCGACUGUGUGUUUAUCAGGUCACGGAUGAAUCGGAUUUUCUAAUAAGACUGAACCUAAGGAGGUGUGUUGGAUCACGUUUGCUCUUGUUUGAGAGCUCGCGAGAGUACAUUGACACCCUGCGCCAAAUAUAUACGUGCCAAAGAGAUUCAUUGAAAGUACAAGUAGUUAUAGCAUCGCUGCACAACUUUGUUAUUCUUAGUCGUCGUUGUUCUAUUAUUUGUAAGUUCGUUUUAUACUAUACGUGUUAUUAUAUUUGGGUGUAUGUGUACGGGCGCGUAGUUUUAUAAACGGUGCGACGGUUCGAGGACCUUUCCUCAUUUUUAUUCGCCCACGGGAAGUCGUAUUUUUUUCUCCGCGCACAGAUGAGGAACAAUUGCGGCAGCAUGUUUUUCGCCGGGUACGGAUAUUCCAAUCAACAUCAAAACAGCCCACCCUCGCCGACCAGAUCCAGCAUCUGGGGUAGCAUUCACAGCCCGUUUAAGAACACGAAUAUGCCACUGCAGGACUUUACGAUGAGUCAAACUCUGCCGUUGAUGAACGGCGUAAACGCGAGAUCGCCUGGGAAAACGUCCCCAACGGGGGUGAUCGGGGCCAGGGAUGGCGCUGGUGUUGGUAGAACGAUGAAAGAGUACGAGGACCAAUUGGAGGCUCUUAAAAAGGAGAACUUCAACCUUAAAUUGCGGAUCUACUUUCUCGAGGAGCGAAUGGGAAUUUCGUCGGCGGAUGAAAAUGCGAUCAAAAAGAAUAUUGAACUAAAGGUUGAAAUUGAAUCACUGAGGAAAGAGUUGAUCGAGAAACAAGAGCUCCUCAGUCAGGCAGCCAAGGCGUUCGAAUUGAUCGAGGAGCAGAAAGAAGCUUCUUCGCGGAAUCAGGCUCAGUAUCAGAAAUCGCUUGAAAAUGAACGAGAAAAAAUUCGAAAACUGGAGAAAGAGUUAGCAGAGUACCAAGAUAAAGUGGCAGAUGCGUCGAUCUACUAUAAACAAGCUUUCGGCAUCACGCCAGAAAAGGCGCUGGAGAAUGAGGAGAAAUUACGUAAAAUGGAAGAACUCGUUGCAUCUCUAGAAGCCGAGGUGAAGCAGGUGACGAGCAGCUUGGACGAGGAGCGCGUCUGGGCGCAGGAGCUCGAGAGCGAACGGGACGAGUUCAGGGAACGUUUGGAGGCGGAGACGCGCUUGAGGGAAAACUUGGACGCGGAGAGGCUGCAGGACAUCGAGUCGCUGCGGGAGAAGGUGAAGGAGCUGGAGGAACAGCUGCUGAAAAGGGACACUGUUGUUCAGCAGUGUAGGAACGAGCUACUCGAGAAAGAGAGAGUCAUCAAGGAGAGAAACGCACAAUUAGAGGAGAGGUGUCGGCUGUACGAGGAGUCAAACGCCGUUUCAGAGAAGAGGAAAAAGCAAGUCGAUCAGUUAAGGGCGUCUAUAAAAACCAGGGACGAUGCUCUCACCGAGUUGAACAAUAAGCAUCGUGCCCUGCUCUCUCAGUUCGAGAAUGGUUACUCUAGAAGAUCACCCCCUAGCAGUCCGUCGGCUAUGAAUCCAAUCGAAGAUCCCUUGCAAACGAGAAUGGGACAGAAGAUGACCUGUGGACAGGGGACGACGAAGAGAGGGAACACUUGCCUCGAUUGGGAACCAAAUCGAGAGAGGUCAACGAGAGGGAAGAAAGCUCUCAGCGGAGAGGUGAAAGACGUGAGAGAUUUGAUCAAAGAACUGGAAGAAAAAGACGCCGAGCUGAAGUAUCAAGAGGAAUCGAGGAAGCAGCUGGUGUUGAAGCUGUGCAACAUGCAGAAACACGCCGAGACGAUGAGUCACAAGCUGCAGAAGCUGGAAAGUGAGCACGAGAAGGCGCUUAAGACUAUUCAAGGUUUCAUGGAGAGGCAGCAGCAACUGGAAACCGUGAAAAUGAGGAAAGACCAGAAGAUCAUGGAGCUGGAGAUCGAGCUGAGCAGGCUGCGCGAGCACGAGAGCAUGAGAGGAACAACGAGGGAUGGAGGACAGAGUCAGCCGGCUGGAAGAGACGUCAGCAGCAACAUGACGGACGAUCCAGAACGUGACGCCAGCAAUAAUCAGCAACGAUUCGACGAAAUGGAAGCCAAGAUAAACGACCUGCGAGAUCAAAUAGAGGCUAUCAAGGCCGAGAAGAAUCGUUUGGAGAAGCAGAUCGAAACCGAGUCGGAGGAAUUGAAAGAGCGGCUCCAGGACAGGGACCAGAAGCUGGAGGUUCUCGAGAUCGAGAGGCAAACGAUGAGGAAGCAGCUGCAGGACAAGGCGAACGAGCUCGACCAGCUGACAGCGACGUUGGAGAAGGACGGCAUAGAGUAUUCGAGCGAGCGGGAGGAUCUUCUCCGGAGGCUCCGGCACCAGGACGCCGAGCUCGAGGAGAAGAACCGCAAGAUCGAGCAGCUGUCGAAGGAGCUGCAGGUGAAGACGCAGAAUCUGCAGAAGCUGGUGAACACGGAGCUGUGGAGCAAGAACAAGGAGAUCGCCAAGCUUCACAACCACAUGACCGCCACCACUCACGGCCACGAGAAGGGCCGAGGCAAGCCGGACGUGACGCAGGAGAGCGCCAGCGCGCAACUGUCGGCCCUGAUCAAAGAGCUGAACGACAUCGGUAUCAAGGUGACGUUCACCAACGAGGUGGUGCAGCUGAACUACGUGGACGGUAACGAGCCGAUAGACGUGAAAACCAUGACCGGCUACGUGCAGAAGCUGGUGGCCCAGAGGAACGAGCUGGAGAAGGAAGUCGAUUAUCUCAAAUGGCUGAAGUUGGUCUCGAGGCCGGACAUCGCGAGCGAGAUCGACGGAUACGGCGACAAUCAGACGGAGAGAGCGAAGAAAUACUGCGAGUUGAUGCGCACGCACUUGAAGGAUUUGGUCAAGUUCAUGAAGCAGAUGUUGAAGAACGCUGACCACGACGGGAACGGCGUCGGUAACGGGCACAGGAAGACCACCGUGCUCGACGUUUUGAUCAACUCGAAGAUACUGUCCGACGACUUUGUGAACGCGCUCGAGGGGAUUUCGACGGCGAGCGACCGGGCGGUCAACGCCGACGAGGCGGCGAGCGUGAAAUUGACGGACGGCAACAACACGGUGAAGAAGAGCCGCUCGGAGAAUCUGCUCAGCGUCGCGAGGAAUCAGGCGUCCACGCAGUCAGACUCCGAGGCAUUCUCCGAGCCGGACAGGACCGUCUCCAUGGCUAGAAUCGGGUUACAGGAAACGCAGCAGAAGUCACUGAGCCGGUCGAGAUUCACCAAGUACACCAAGACGUUCACCGACUCCGAGGACUCGUUGGAGUACGUGCCUUACUACAAGUCUUAUCAGAACGACCUGAACGAUUCCGAGGCCAGUCACCAGAUACAAGAGCUGAAAGAAACAAACGCCUCGCUGUACACGGAGCUCGGCGCCCUUCGGGACGAGUUUGCUGCCACAAUUUCUUUCGACUGUAUAUUCGACGAGAAAAUAUCGCCGUUGAUGGCCAAAUUGGAGAAGUCGCAGAAACACUGCGAGAAAUUGCAGUCGGCGUUGGAGAGGCGAGUGCACGAGGUGCACACACUGAGGAAAGAAAGCAAGCAGAACGGUGCUCGCAGGACGCAGUUGGAAAAGAAACUGGCCGAAUUGGAGAGCAUGGCGACAGAAAUGAACAAACAGAAGACUGAGCUGAUGCACUGCAAGGACAACGCCGAGAGAAAAGCCACGGAAAUGCUGAUAUCGCUCAACAGGGAAAACGACGCGCUGAGGACACGAGUCAAGAAGCUUGAGGAUGAGAACGAGUCGGCGAAAGCGAGUAUAUCGGCGUUGACGAAGGACCUGGACCACUUGACCCUCUCGCACAGUCAGAUCCUCGUGGAGAAUACAAAGCUGACGAACGACAAGCUACGCCUGGAGCAAGAAAUCCGUAAAAUGGAGAGCAGAUGCGAGAUGACCGUUCGCUCGAUGCACGACAAAUUUACCAAAGAAGUAAGAUCAAUGAUAUCGGAUUUGAAUCAAGUCAACGAGUCGCAGAGAGCAAGAUUGCAAGAGCUGGAGGUGACGAACAAAGAGCUACGAAGGCACGUCGCGGUUUGCGAGGCGAGCGACUCAGCGCCAAGCUCCAGCGGCGUUUCUUCGAUACCGGCGGAGACUAUGCUGAAGCAAACUUGCGAAGACAUUAUGCAAGAAUAUCAAGCGUACAAUAACUCGCAGUACUGGCUACCCAUAAGCUACUCAACGGUCGGCGGACGCAGUAAAUCGAGCUGUUCGCCGGACUUGGGGAUCGAAAGCGACGCGGCUAUCACAACCAUGAGGCCGCUGCAAGACACAUUGAAGAUCACCGAGUCCAUGACUAAUCUAUUGAGCGACGAGGAUAACAACAGCAAUGGUAACAGACCGGCGCGAGAAAUCGACAGCGAAAGCCCAUUGCCGAUGGAAGGUCUCGACGAAGUAGAAGCUUUGAAGCAGGAGAACGAAACGCUGAGGAGGAAGUUGAUGAAAACGAGAAAGGCACUGGAGGAUACUUUCCAACAUCUUUCCGCGUCGAAUAAAAACAAGAAGAACGUCGAGAAGGCGAUAACGAAACAGUUGCAAAUCACCAAGAGCAUAUUAAAGAAAACGAGGACGUACGAAGAACCGUUGGACAACUGAACUGAACUGAACUGAACUGAACUGAAUCAAAGUAUCACUUACAGAGAGAAAAAGUAAUCAAACAGAUAAAGUCGCUGUUCGUUGUGAAUUUUUAAAAAGAAGAAAAAAAAAAAGAAAUUGACGUGUUACGCGUUCAUUUUUUAACAAUCGCGUUUUUACUAUUAUAUUUGUCUUUCACGCGCAAGUUUUUUCGAUUCAUUUUAAAUCCUGAGCAACGAACGAGAAUUGUAUUUUAUACAAAUUAAUGAGCGGCAGCGAACGUUGUUGUUGUUGUAUAUUGUACAAAAAAAAAAAAGAAACUAUUAGAAAGUAUUUUCGUACAUUCAUGAAACGUUGCACGACGAAAUGGGGGAAGGGGGAGGAAGAAUUAAUACGAUUAAAUGAGACUAAAUAACGAUAAGAAAAAGAAAGAAGGAAAGAAAACUUCGUUUCGAAAAAGAAAAAAGAAAAGAAGAAGAAAACGAAGCUCUGUAUGUGAGUUUUGUAUAUACGUAUUGUGUAUGUGUAUUUGAGUUCUUUUGUAGAUUGUUUCUCCUCUUUGAAGGUUGCUGUAACCUUGUCAUCGAAUCAAAAACUGUCCAUUUUUGUCGCAAUUCUCGACGUCCAGAAAUUCGCGCGCAUGUACAUACAUACAAAUAUAUCGAGAAUGUCAUUACACACAAACAGCAUCUGUACAUAGUAUUCGCAAAUAAAGUGCCAUUGACAAUUUGAAAACAAAAGUGGAAGAACUUGUUGAGAUUGAAACGAAAA